GGUAAUGAAAACUGAAAGAGAAAAGGAGAGAAGUUAGCGAAGAAUUCUUUCUCUGCGCAAGCGUAAAAGUCUGUUGUUUCGCGCGGGCUGAUUCAAAAUAUAAACAAGAUGGAUUUGAUAUCUGCGCUGCAGUUUCUGAAGUUAAAUGAAAUUCCAGAAGCCUGGGUGGACGCAGUGUGGGACUUAGAGUUCACAGAGAGAAAACCACUGGAUGACACCACAGAGGAAAAACUCACAGUCAGUGGAGACAAGGCCUUCAGAACCCUGUACCAGUGUUUACUCGCCCAUGCUGCUGACCAACAACAGUUUGCAGGCAGAGAUGGAGCUUCACAGAGUAUCUGGGCGACUCUCGGGGAGAGCGGGGUGUCGGUCAAGUCUCUGGUGGCCGUGCUGUCCUUCUUUGUCCUGGCAGGAAAAGCCAAAGCGGCCAACGUCCAGCAGAGAGUGAGCAGUCUGCACGCUGCCUCACUCUACCUGCUGCUGCUGGGAAUCCCAGGGAGCAUCGCCAACAAGGUUUUCCACGAGGUUUUGUUGGACACGUGUUCAGACUUGACCUCCCACUGCUGGCCUCAGGACUCUGGAAAGAAGCGCAAGAAGGAUGGCCUGAAGAGUUCUCAGGCAGAGGGCAAACGCUCCAAACCACAGCGGAAAGACACUCCAGAGAUGGAAGUGGAUGAGGCAGAAGAAGAGGAGGAAGAAGAGGAGCUUCAUUUCUCUGGCCAGGACUUGAUGAAGAUCAGAGAUGCUGUGGUUCUCUUGGUUCAAAGCCUCCUCAGACUCCUGCAGACAUUUCCACUCAAAGACAGACCACAGAGCGCUGGCACCUGCACGCAGAUCUUCAGUAAGCUGCUUUACUUUGAGCCGGUCAUUGGAGAGCUAACCUUUGCUGCUGUACAAGAUAUCGCCAAGCUGAGGAGUGUUCCUGAGAUGGCUUUUUACGGCCUGCAGCUGCUCUGCUCGCCAAAACACGGAGACCAGAAAGAAUCCCUGCGGAGGGUUUUCCAUCGGCUACUCUACGUGAUCCUGAUGAUGAAUAAAGGCAACCGAGGGAAGCCCUCCCUCCUCGUACUCAGCCAGGCCAUCAUCGCCACCCGUGACCGGGCCAUCCAUUUUGUUUGUCAUCUUGUGGAUGAGCUGAAGGAGAUGGUGCUGCCUUUCCUGCAAAUCCUCCUGCAGCAUAUCUGCUUCCAGAUGGUGGAGAAGAGCGAGUUUCGAAGCCAUGGAGCCCAGGCUGUGGGUAUGUUGACGUCUCAGAUGACAAGUAUAGACUACGCCUGCUUCAUCAAGUGGCUAUUUAACUUUUCCAGACACACAAAGAUGGUGUGCCGGCUGUUCUCCGUGGACGUGGUGAUGGUUUUACUGGAGCAGCCAGAGAGAAGGCCAGAGGAGUGUCCGGACCCUGAGCUUGCCUGCUUCCUGCCCCACAAGUUUCUGAUCCAGAACCUGCUGUUCGCGCGGCGGAUGGACGACUCCCCCACCGUCCAAGGCCAUGCCCUCGCCUGCCUGGCCCAGUGUCUGGAGCUGCCUUCUCUCAACGUCACCCGGGCCGUCCACAACCUCUUCUCUGCCACUGGAACCCAGACAGUGUUGGAAGGGGAAAUCACAGAAGGAAAUCUCAGUUCCCAGCAGACUCAGAAAACCUACCGCACUCUGCCGUUCAGGACUGUGGAGAUCAGCAGCACUAACAGCUCCAGCUGUGAUGGAAAAGAGAACCUGGCUCUUCUCCUGCGGCGUGUAAAAGACUUGAAGACUAACGUGAGGAAAUCAGCACUGCAGGCCCUGGUUGGUCUCCUGAAACACGACGUGAUCCCCAUGAGCUGGGAGAACCUGGCUACCCUGUCGGAGCGCUGCAGAGACCCAGCUGUGUCUGUGAAGAAGAAGGCCCUGCAGUGUGUGGGAGAGCUGCUCGCUGCUAAACCAGAGUGUAGUGUGGUGCAGAAGGCAUGGCUGCAGGGUGUGGUGCCGGCUGUGGUGGACUCUGAGAACUCCGUGCAGGACAAGGCCCUGGAGGCUCUGGACCAGGUGCUGCUCAGCCAGGUCAAACCAUACUAUGCCAACUGCCACCUGGAUGCCAGUCAGAGGCUGACCUGGGGCCUGCUGGGCCUGCUCUGUCACGAGUGCCAGAACCUUAGCCGAUAUUUCAGCAGGGCCUUCACCAUCUGGUCCAAACAGAACAAGUUCACACCGACGUUCAUCACCAACCUGAUCUCACACACUGAGGCAGAUCAUGCCGCCGGGGCUUGGCUGCUGCUCUCCAAGGUUGUCGCUUCGUCUCCCAGACUGCCCUAUGGCAAGAUCCUGGAUGCCUGGGACAGCAUGGUCAGUUCAAAGGAUGUAACUGUGACAACCUGCUGUCACAUCCUGUGUGUGAUGGGAGACAUCGCUGCACAUUUGAAUGAAGAUACCAAGGACAGGAUCGUUAAUGAUCUGAUGUCUUGGUUGAAGACUUUUACUUUGUCUCUGGAGGUGAUCUGUGCUGCUGUGGAGACUCUGUAUCAGCUCGGCCGCAGUGAAGAUGUCAAACAGACUCAGGCUUUUCUGAACCAGCAUUGCGGAGAGUUGGUGUCUGUCUGCGAGGCUUAUUUAGCUGGCAUCAUCCUGAGUGAAAAGGGAGCCCAGAACCUCAAUGAGGAGCUCAUGGUAAAACACUUACACACUCUGGGUGUGGUUUCACUCCACUGUCCUGCCAAGGUUGGCAAAAGGACGGUGCUGCUGGUGGAAUCUGUCCUCACAACACAUGCUGACAAACUGGCAGUGUGCCAGGAGGAGCUGCCAGCCUCGCUGCCUCUGUCCCAGUUUAAAGCAAACUCUCUGCCUACCAGAGUUAGAGCGCACGGAGUCAUCACGUUAGGUAAACUGUGUCUGCAGCAUGAGGAACUAGUCCAGAAGUACCUGCCAGUGUUUGCCAGGGAGCUGGAGGUCGGCACGGAGGUUGCUGUGCGCAACAACGUGGUGGUGAUUAUGUGUGAUCUGUGUGUUCGAUACACCAACAUCGUGGAUCACUACAUCCCCAACAUCUCCGUCUGUCUGCGAGACAAUGAAGCUGUCAUCAGGGAGCAAACUCUCAUCAUGCUGACCAACCUGCUCCAGGAGGAAUUUGUGAAAUGGAAAGGCUCCCUCUUCUUUCGCUUCAUGGUGGCACUCGUCGACCCAGUCCCUGCCAUCAGCAGUCUGUGUGAAUACUGUCUGCUUCACCUGCUGCUGAAGAAGAACCCAGAAAUGUUCAGCCAGCACUUCAUCGAAUGCAUCUUCCACUUCAACUGCUACAGCAAACACAAGUCCUACAACAAGUUCCCUCAAAGUGAGAGAGAAAGGGUUCGGUUCUCUCUGAAAGGAGCUCAGCACCGUGAGAAGCGUUUUCGGAUCUACCGCUUUCUGUUGGAACAUUUCACAGACGCACAGCGCUUCAACAUCACCAACAAGAUCAACCAGGCCAUCUUAGCAUGCUUUGCAGACGAGGAGCUGCCCCUGGAUGGAGAUGGUGCUCAGAUUUUGUCAGAGACUUUCAAUAUCUUGAGUCUGAAGGAGAUGAAGCUGCAUGCCAUAUCUACUCCAGCAGGAGGUGCUGCAGGGGAGGAACCAGAAGAGGAGAACAUGGCAAUGGCUAAGGCUGUCCUGCAGGCCGCACAGAAGAAGGUGGUGUCACAGGUCCAGAAGAAGGCCUUCAUAGAGAACACAGUUCCUCUCAUCAUCAGCCUGAAGAGCCUGCUGGAGCAAAAACGCUCUCCUGUCCUCAGAGACCUCAUGGCCUACCUCCAGGUGACAAUGCAGGACUACCGUAACGAAGUGAAGGAGUUUUUCUCUGGUGACGAGCAGCUGGCAGCUGAGGUGGAGUUUGCACUGAGGUCUGCUGAAAAGGAGAGAGAGAUCGAGGACCAGAUGGACAACUGCAGCUUGACAGGAGACGCCAGGACUCCCACUGCACAGCAUUCAGUCCAGGGCUCUCCCGUCAGGUCCAGGCCCCUCCUCCCGUUUAGCUUUGCCACACCACAGCCGCCACGUCCAAACCCCCUGUCUGCCAGGCUGGCACACACUGACAGGCGUGUGCACAGAUCCAGGCAAGAGGAAGAUGUCCAGUCUAAGUCAUUCGCUCUGGAAGGAACAGUGAUGCCUAAAGGAGCUGUGAAUGACAGAGCUAUCAGCACACCAAAAGGUGUCAACGUCAACUUAACUUUUGAAGAAGGAGUCAGCGCAAUCUUCAGUGACCGAGGAACAAGUCUUGGUGGGGAGACCAGUGUUCUUCAUGUGCGGUCAAAUAAGCAGCAAGCUCCCGGACUGAGGCAGUGGAACGUGCAGUCUCCUCUCCGCCAGAAGAUAAACUCAUCUAAAGUUUAAUUUCUUUGUUUCUGUUUUUUGUCUUUCCUACAACUACUUCUUAUGUCUUCAUUUCCAUCUACAUGCUGUUGGUUAAUGUUCCCUCAUCUUUAUCUUUGACAUGUUUGUGUCACUGUUUGUCUUUUAUCUUUUUGGUAUUAAAGGUGACCCUGACUUCAGAA